CUGAGAAUGGAUAGUGUUGGAUCCGUUGACAGAGCUGCCGUUGCCGAAUCCACAUUGCCGAUAGCACUCCGUCAAAGCUCGAACAACGAUGAUCGUGGAUACACAAUCUAUGUCUUGACGAUUCUCUCCCUCACUUUUGCUUCGAUAAGUGUUGUAUCAACACUGGGCACCCUAUACUGGUUCAUGCGCAUGAGGCGGAAUUUUCGACAUCAGUACGGUUUCCUCUGGCUCCAGAUUCAGCGAUGCGUUUGCUCUGCUAAUCCUGACAGGUUGAUAUUGCUGCUCAUUCAAAGCGACAUCCUCAAGUCCAUGGCCUAUGUCGUUUUCCCCAUUGUGAGCCUCAUCAAAGAUGAUGUCAAAUCGGACUCGGCAUUCUGCCAGCUCAGCGGCGUUACUCUCGCCAUCGGCAUUGAGUCCGCAGACGUCGCCGUACUGUUGAUCGCCCUGCAUUCUGUCAUGUACAUCUUCCGACCGAGAUCUGGACUGUAUCCAUAUCGAAAGCUUGCCUACUUGGUGUUUUAUCUGUUUCCAGUCACUACCGCUUGCCUGGCAUUCAUUGACGGUAAAGGCUACGAAAACGUCGGUUACUACUGCUAUCUCCGGACCGACCGAACCUGGGCCCGCCUGAUGCUCAGCUGGAUUCCCCGAUAUUUUGUCUGUGCCGGCAUCGCCGCCAUCUACGCCUUCAUCUAUCUGUACAUCUGGAACAGAUUAGGUGACUACGGUAGAAGGAGCUCUGAGGCCUUGCAGCAGCGGCGGUUAUCAAGUGUGUCGACGAGCGUUCCUGCGAUUCCACGGAUUUGCUACCACGGAUUGAUCCCAUCAACGCCAACUUCACGACGUACCUCCGCGGUAGACACCAUAUCAGUCGUAAAAGAUGUGCAGAUGCCCGGAUCAGCGACGAGUACUCUACCCCCGGGGAGUUCCAGGGCCAAUCCAGAGAUUCAAUGGGAUUGGGCGGGCUUUACGCAAACGCGAGCACCGCUAGCCAAUACUUCCCUAGCUGACGAGACGGGAGACCCGCUCUCCCCCAAUUCUAGUUUCGUAUCCUCGCCGCCGCCGCUGCGUACUCCCCGGCCUCGGGUAACUACGACAACUGACGGCCUCCCGGACCCCACGAAUCAGAACCUGACGCAACACCAACCCACACCGCCCGUCAGCCAACAUGUCAGCUUCGUAGCCGACCACUGCGGAUGCGACGAGCGCAGUGCCUCUCUCACCAACCUCAUCCCCGGCAUACAGAAGACCCUUCCCUAUCGAGGUCGCUCCCCAUCAGCCCCGGAGACGCAGGGCGCCGACGAGCCCUCGCCCAUAGCACAUCCCCAGAUAGCGGGUGAUAAUGACACCGACGGCGCCCACGGCGGCGUCGUAUCCCAGCAGCGCGACAGACUCCGCCGGCAGCUUCGCUCCCUCUUUGUCUAUCCGCUUGCAUACAUGAUCGUCUGGAUUUUCCCGUUCGUGUCGCACGUCAUGGACUACGACCACUCCGUUACGGGCCACGAGCCUCGUUGGCUGUUGGUGGUGGGGAUCAUAUCGCUCUGCGUGCAGGGCGCGGUGGACUGCGCGCUGUUCAUGGUGAGGGAAGAGCCCUGGCGGCAUGCCAAGGGCAGGGACCAGUUUGGGUGGCUCUGGGACAGAAGCUCCGGCGGUAGAAGAAGAACUGCGGGGAGGACUCGGGAAGAGAUGCUGGUUGACGGAAGGUUGGCGAGGCUGAGAAGGGAUGGCGAGAUCUUGGAAGAGAGGGCCAUUAGGGGCAACGUGGGAAGGAGGAAAGCGGUGACGGAAUGGUGGGAGGCGGACCCAGAAUUUUUGGAUGGGUCGUUGGACGAAGAGGAGCGCGGAAGUAUCCAUGGAGAGGUGAACGGCGUGGUUGGGCGGACGGUGGACUGA